UAAUUAUUUAUAAUUUAUAAUAAUUAAAUUAUGCAUCAAAAUUAUGCUAAAAAAUAUUCUUUCUUCAUAGAGGCCGAGGGUAGAAAGAGAAUUUGGUUUUCAACCCCGGAAAUCGAUCAUAAUUUGUUUCUAUAUCCUUCAAUCUCGCUUCUUUAAUUUCCCAAAAGAAUCAUCAAAGGUUGAGUAAAUUUUGGGUUUAAUUGAUCAAUUUCACCGACACUUAAUCCUCUUUCUUAAUUUUACUCCUACAAAUUAUCACCAUAAUAAUCAACAUUUACAUAAAUUUUCUCACAUGGGUACCAAUUAUUUCCAUAUUAUGUCUUCUUUAUGUCUAAGAUCAUAACAAUAAUUUCUAGUAAUUUCUAAAGAUUGUGAAUCUUAUCAAUUCUGGGCUGAAAUUUCUGGGAAAGAUGAGGGUUGCAAAGAGUCAGAUUUGGCAGCCUUGUAAAAAGAAGAGGUUUUUAUUUUGAUUUUUUUAACCCCCCAAAUUUUUUUUUUAUAAAAUAAGAAAUAAUUGGAAUUUUACCAGAGAGAAAGAAAGAUAUGGCAACUAAGGGAUCAGGAAGCAGUGGAGGGGGUGGCGGUGGAAGGACAAGAGUGGGGAGGUAUGAACUUGGAAGAACAUUAGGAGAAGGUACUUUUGCAAAGGUUAAGUUUGCCAGAAAUAUUGAAACUAAUGAACAUGUUGCAAUCAAGAUUCUUGACAAGGAGAAGGUUCUUAAGCAUAAAAUGAUUGGUCAGAUUAAACGUGAGAUCUCAACCAUGAAAUUAAUUCGCCACCCAAAUGUCAUCCGCUUGUUUGAGGUGAUGGCUAGCAAGACAAAGAUAUACAUUGUUUUGGAAUUUGUCACUGGUGGGGAACUUUUCGAUAAAAUUGCAAGCAAGGGGCGAUUGAAGGAGGAUGAAGCAAGAAAGUAUUUUCAACAGCUGAUUAAUGCUGUUGAUUAUUGCCAUAGCCGAGGCGUCUUCCACCGAGAUUUGAAGCCAGAAAAUCUGCUGCUGGAUGCAAAGGGAGUUCUUAAAGUUUCAGAUUUUGGUUUGAGUGCUUUAGCUCAGCAAGUGCGGGAAGAUGGGUUACUUCACACAACAUGUGGUACACCAAAUUAUGUAGCUCCAGAGGUUAUCAACAAUAAAGGCUAUGAUGGAGCUAAGGCUGAUUUGUGGUCAUGCGGAGUAAUUCUCUUUGUGCUUAUGGCGGGAUAUUUGCCUUUUGAAGAUUCUAAUCUCAUGUCAUUGUAUAAAAAGAUAUACAAGGCUGAUUUUGCCUGUCCACCAUGGUUUUCUUCUAGCGCUAAAAAGUUGAUCCACCGAAUUUUAGAUCCUAAUCCGUCAACGCGUAUUACAAUUGCCGAAGUGAUUGAAAAUGAGUGGUUUAAGAAAGGUUACAAACCACCCAUUUUUGAGGAGCCUGAUAUUUCUGUUGAUGAUAUUGACGCUAUUUUUGACGAGUCAAUGCUCUCUGGAAACCUAGUUGUCGAAAGGCGGGAAGAAAAGGCCGUGGCUCAUAAAUCUCCUGCCGCUAUGAAUGCGUUUGAGCUUAUCUCCACAUCUCAGGGCCUGAACCUAGGCACACUAUUCGAAAAGCAGAUGGGGCUUGUGAAACGUGAGACGAGAUUUACGUCUAAAAGCUCUGCUGGCGAGAUUAUAUCAAAGAUCGAAGAGGCUGCUGUGCCUUUGGGUUUUGGUGUAAAGAAAAAUAAUUACAAGAUGAAGCUUCAAGGAGAAAAAAGUGGACGCAAGGGUCAGCUGGCUAUUGCAACAGAGAUUCUUGAAGUGGCUCCUUCUCUAUACAUGGUUGAACUUCGCAAGUCUCGUGGUGACACACUGGAGUUUCACAAGUUCUACAAGAACCUUUCUACUGGGCUGAAAGACAUAAUAUGGAAGACUGGGGAAGAGAUCAAGGAAGAAGAAGAAAGCAAUUAAUUCCUACUUCGUUGUUUAUUCCGCCUUUGCUUGUCAUUUGUUGGUGCUGAAUGGUAAUCUUAAAUGUCAUUCCCCACAGAUACGAGCAGCAGUUUUCCGAGCUUCAUUGUCUUGUAAAACACAUGUGGUGUUAACUCUCGUUAUAGUUUUCGGGUUUUGAUGGAGAUCGUUUUGCGUAAAAGAAUGUUUUGUGUACAAACUAAAAGAGUGACGAAAUCGAAAUGUUUGAUAUUUGCUUAGAAUAACACAGUUGCAGAAUUGAGACCUUAACAUUCAUUCACAUUCACAUAUGAUGUUAUUCGGGUGUACAUACCACUCUUAUCUUGUUUGUGUUUAUGUAAAAUGUAUGUAUAUUAUGUUUUAAUUGUCUAUGCUAAAUGUUGGUGCCAAUUUUGAA